GUGUGAACACCCAAGGCGGAUUUGAUGCGACUUUUACGUCAAUCUACAUCAACAUUCGUCACAAUUACGCGCCGGCGAAAACGUGACACACGUGACACGAUAACAAAAAUGGAUAACAGUGAUGGAGUAAGUCAGUGGAGGGAGAGUGAGGUCUUAGACCUAAUUAACAUUUGGGGAGACACUUCAAUUCAGGCCAAAUUAGAAGGCUCAUACCGAAACCGCAACGUUUUUGAAAAUAUAGCAAGCGAAAUGGAAGAACGUGGACACAGGAGAACGUGGCUGCAGUGCCAAAGGAAGGUGAAAAGCCUUAAAGCUAAAUUUAAAGAAGUAAAUGACUCCAAUAACCGAAGCGGUCGUGCUCGCAUCACCUGCCCAUUUUAUAACGAGCUUAGCCGUGUUAUGGCCGAUAAACCCAGCUGUCAGCCGUUGGAGCUGCUGGAUAGCCACGAAGCAGGCGAAGAGGAGCCUGAAACUCCGAGGAGUUCGGCGGACAGCCUGGAUAUUGAUGGCGUGACAGAUGAUACAAGCACAGAGUCACUCCCAUCUGCAUCUUCUGUGUCUUCUGCACCAUCUACAUCUGGAGAAAACUCAUCAGCUGCAGGCAUUACAGAGACCACUGAAAGAAGCACAGCAGCCACCAAGUCCUCUGGAAUUACAUCUGCCAAGAGCAGGAAAAGGAAGACAAAAAUGGAAGCAACACUGGAAAUCUUCACUGAAAAGAUCAGCAGUGCCCUCAACAACACAGAUGACACUGAACUUCAACUCAAAUUGCAAGCAGCACAGCAUGAACAUGAGCUGAAAAUGCUCUCAAUGUUCACCCAGUUUCUUGCCAGGUCAAAUUCCCCAUGGCCUCCUUUCUACCAGGCACCUGUCCAGCCCUCGCAGUACAACCCAAGAAAACUGCCGCCUCAGCCUACCUUUUACAACUUUACUCAGCUCCCUACAUUUGGCAAGGGUUCACCUCAGCCUCCACCAUGUAACGAGACAACCAACCAGCCUCUAUCUUUUCUGCACGAUCUGGCUCAACCUCUACCUUUCAACCUUCCCCAUGUUCAUCCUCCAGAUGUACCUCAGCCCUUAAGCCAGGUGUCAGCACAACCUCAAGGUCCAGCUCAGCAGCCCUUCAGCCAGGCCUCAGGACAUCCACCAUUCUACCGACCUCCAGAUGAUAAUGAUGAUGAUGAUGAUAAGUAA